AUGGCUGGGGACACCAGGAUGGCCGGGAAGGUGGCGCUGCUUCUGUGGGCACAGACCCUCAGCCUCGCUGGUGCCCAGACCACCCAGCUCCUCGUGGAGCCCCCCUGGACACCGCCAGUGCUGUGGGACUGGGUGACACUGACCUGCCAGGGCUUGGGGAGCACCCGUGACACCACCUGGUACAAGGACGGGUGGCGCUGGUGGGAACAGGGACGUGACCGCCUCAUUGUCACCCAUAGUGGCACCUACGCAUGUGACAGACCUGGCAGUGGGCUCAGCCCCACCAUGAACGUCUCAGAUGACUGGCUGGUGCUGCAGGUGCCGGCGCAGGCGCUGCUGGAGGGGGACACGGUGACACUGUGCUGCCGGAGCUGGCGAGACAACCCGAUCACCUUGGUGUCCUUCUACCACGAGGAGGAGGAACUGGGGGUGUUCCCCAAUGGCACCCAGCUGUCCCUGUCCCCUCUGCAGCUGAACCACAGUGGCCGCUACAGCUGCAAGGGCCAGGGGGGAUCCUGGGGGUGGCAGGAGUCAGCGCUGGUGACAGUGACAGUGCAUGUGCCUGUGGCCAAUGCCACCAUCACCCCUGAUGUCCUGGAGGUGACACCGCAGGACACAGAGACACACAGGGACGCAGUGGCUGCAGGGAUCGGUGGGGCCCUUUUGUUCCUGCUCCUGCUCGUGGGUGUCAUUGUGGCCUGGCACCAGUGGCACCUUGUGGUUUCCAGGAAGAAUCAGGAAAGGGCCCCCCCAGAUCCCCCGCCCCCCCCAGAGGAGGGGGAGGUGCUGUACACCCACGUUGUGGUCACCAAGAGGGCAGCAGUGUCCCCCCGUGCCACCACACUUCAGGAUCCCCAGGUGACCUACGCGGAACUGCGGGGAUCCCAGGGGCAACCGCGGGAACCCAGUGACAUCUACGGGAAUGUGCUGUGACACUCAGGGAAACUGGGGGGCACUGGGAGUCCCCACCCAUGGGCACCCACUCGUGUGUGUGCUGCCUUUAAAAUCUGCCCCUCCCCUCCCUGUGGAGGCACCAAGAUCCCAAAGGGCUGAGAAAAGAACAAUUUCUGCAACAGCAACAAGAGAGAA